UCAUGAUUAUGGAACAAAGUGAUUGGCGGUUUCACAUCGCAUUCUCUUUUUUGACGAACAAUUUAAAAUGGUUUAAACUUGGUGAGCAUUGGGACUUUCUUUGUUUGAUCACACUCUCAAAAUUCUCAUUCUCUUCCUUGACGCACAAAACUUUCUAGCAACUUUCAUGGCGUGGUCUGCUCUGAGGUGGUGAAGUUGGGUGGAAGUUAGGUAAAGAAAGGAAGGAUCAGGUGGCUUGUAUGUAUGGGUGUCGUGGGCAUUGUGGCAAAAAUCACUUUGACCACUCCACCCACCUGAGGCUUAUCAGAGUGCCAUCCUCCAUUGCGUGCCGACUCCUAAAAGCCCAUUAAUCAUAUCUGAUAUUAGUCAUUUUCUUCUCUUCCUUUUAUGCGUGUAAGUGGGGGCUUGACUGAACUGAACUGAGGUGGGCGGUGGACCCACUUCAAAGUUGAUGCUAAUCUUCAAUUUGCAGGUUUCUGCAUGUUUUGACACUUCUCAGUAUGAUUCAUAAAAUAUUGGUCCAUUAUCGACCCAACCAUGUCGUUUUUUCUUCCAUUUUCGGAGAUCUUUGAUUCAUUUUUACCGAAAAUUCAAGGAUUGGGAGAUAUGGGUCCCCCUGCUUAUUGCCAUAUCUUUGAUGGGUUCCCAUUAGUUCAAUCUAACACAACAUGUUUCCUAGAUUUUAUUCCUCUUUUCAUAUCCAAUAAUCCAAUUCUUUAGCUGACAGCUGCCUCCCACCGUCCGUACAAAUUGGUUCUCCUCCAGUGGUAGAAAGGGUGGGGCAAGUUCACUGUAUCUGGAUGCCAUACCAUUUAAGAAGCAGCCUUGGUGUUUGUUAUUUGUUGUGAAUGGCGCUCUAACUUCUAAGCGUACCAUUAAAGCCUGUCAGUCAUCGUGUUUUACACAUGUCCCUCUUUUGAAAACAGGCCCACUUAACAACUCCAUGAAUUUCGCAGAAAAAAAUUACUCCACCUUCCUCUGGGCGGAAGAGAGAAAAUUACUCUCUCUUUUUUCUUAUAUUUAUGGUUGCGAUCACCAUUCUUUUGUUUGCAAUUGGUAUAUCAUUUUGUCUGCUUUUGCUUUGAUGCCCAACUCGAUUAACCCAUUUGUGAAUUCACUCAGUCCAAUGCUUCUCUUCUUCAUAUCUUGUUUCUCUUUCAUUCUCCUAUCCAACUCACCUCUCAAGCCACUCCUCCCAUGGGAGAGUGAGACGAGAUUGUUGUCACCUUGGUUUUGGAGAGAAUUAUGGAGUUUUCUUGUGUCAUGUAUCCGGAAAGGUAGAUUAGGUAUCAUUAGUUUCUUACAAGUUCCUUUCGUCUUCCCAUUGAAGAUGACUAUUAGCUCAAAAGUAGUGAAUGCGGAGGAGGAAGAGGAUGUUUCUCUUCUGGACUUGCCUGAACUGGCCUUGGAAUGCAUUCUUCAGCGGCUUUCUCCAUCAGGGUUAUGUAGUAUGGCAAGGGUGUGUACUUCGUUAAGGGAUAGGUGUAGAAGUGACCACCUAUGGGAAAAACACAUGAAGCAAAAAUGGGGUAGAGUGAUCGGUCCAGCUGCUUAUCGAGAAUGGCAAUGGCAUAUCGCCUCAAGAAAGAGACCAAGCCUCUUGAAAAAAUGCAAUAAAAGAGGGUUGUUCAGGUCUCUUUUUAGUGUAUGCCCUCUUUCUUGGAUUAGACCAAAAUUAGAAAGUAGUGGUGAGCCCAGCUGUUCAUUAUCUGUUGAUUCAAUCAAGGCUUGGUAUCUUUCCCUAGAGAGUGGCAAGCUUUGGUUCCCAGCUCAGGUCUAUAACCGUGAGAACGGGCAUCUUGGUUUUGUGAUGUCAUGUUAUGAUGCCCUUCUGAGCUAUGAUUCCCGCACAGACACCUUUCGAGCAAGGUACUCACCCCAAGGGCCGCAGACAAUAGAGGAAAAUAUACCAUGGCACAGGCUAAGGGCACCCCCAAUUGAUGUUCCUCCUCAUGUUCUUCAUGUCUCUGACUGUUUAAAUGAUUUAAAACCAGGGGAUCAUAUUGAGAUUCAAUGGAGGAAAAACAAAGAGUUGCCUUACGGUUGGUGGUAUGGCAUCAUUAGUCACUUAGAAACAUGUAAUGGGAAUGAGAAUCACUGCUGCUGUCACAAUAAUGGCCAUGGACAUAUAGAAGGCCUCUGGAAACACAGAUGGAAGUACCAUUUUACUUUGUUCUACAUAUCAUUUUAAACAAGCCCAUUGCAUUCUUUUGUAUCACUUCAACAAUGUUAGUUAAGUUUCUCAUUAUGAAAUCAUUAUGAUAGACAUGCUGAUUCUGGAGUUCAACCAGUAUUCCCCUGGCUCACAAUGGAGACGAGUAGUGAUAAAUAGGAAGAAUCAUCAAGAAGAAGGCAAUGGAGCAGAUGGCUUUUAUGGAGGAAUCAGAAAGAUCUGUAACAAAGAAGAAAUCUCAAUAUGGAAGAGCUUCUGGCCAACCCAAGUCUUGCAAUAAUAGCAUGUUCCCUUCCAGUUCUACUCGCGAUUGCCCUGGAAACAAGCUCUUUUCUUCUUGACAUGUGACCAUGAAAAAAAAGAAAGGAAAGAAAAAAUCUAAAGUCAUACAAUCAGUGCUAUGGAAAUAAGCUUAGGAUUCAGUUUUGUGGUCAACUUGAAGAGCUCUUUAAUACAUGAAAAUAGUGUACCAUAAAUACUACAGUAUGUAAUUUUGUAGUGAAUGUUACUUGUAUAAUUGGAGGAAAAGAAAA